AUGAAUGUCGAUAAUUACGGUUGGGAAAGCAGCUUAUCAAUGAUUGCCAACGAGCAGACUCGAACGGCAGUGCCACGUCACGGGCAUGGAGAGGUUCCUGUCCUCUUGAGACCCGUUUUUAUGAAUGCUGUCGAAGUUGGAUAUUCAUACGCCCAUUGUGACCGUGACAAGAAGCUAAACGUGCGCGGUGUCACAAUUGCCCUCUGGUAUUUCAUCUGUCGUGGUCAUCAGGCAAUCGCUCUUCUACCGUACUGCUUCAAAAAUUAUGCGGAAAAAUCGUCGCGCUACUCGGAACUGAUGAUGCUCUAUCGUCUGAAUCUCAUCGAGUUCACGCCGGGUUACGGUACGGAAAAAUAUGCGGAAGUCAAUCGAAUUAUGGUUAGUCGAGCAUACGAAACGGGCGGUUGUCUGGUGGCAAGAUCUCAAAUGCAAGGCAUCACGGACAACAAGUCGCAUUUGGUGGAUCUUGUUGAGAAUCGCCUUCUGAUGCCAACUUUCAACGGCGAUGACAUUAUGUUUCCAAUCGACGGUCCCUUGGGUAGAAAUGGUCCUUCCCUUCAGCAAACUCUCCAGUGUGAACAAGGAUCCGGAGACUGGAGAUCGUGUUCUGAACAUCAACUUUUGCUCUCGGAUCAACGUCAUUGGUUGGAGAAACUGGCGUUGUUGGUGCCAGAGAAAGUGAUUUGGACUCGGAUGACACAACUGAUUCAAGCGGGGGGAACUGAGGAUACCACGGAUUAUGAGAAUGAACCACCGAUGCCUUCAUCUCCUCCAGUAGACAACCCAUUCCAUCGCUCACCAUCCCAACAUCAGCAGAUUCAGCAGAUAUCCCCAUCCAACUCUUCUAUCAACAAUGACGCCUCUUCCUACCAACAUCAGGAAUCAUCUCCGCCAUCGCAUCAUCACCAUCAAUACCAACCACACAGUCCACAACAGCAUCAUCACCUUCAGAAUCCUCAUCAAUUCCAACAACAUCACCGUCGACCAGUCCGUCGUUACUAUCACUAUGGUCAUAAUAAUUACCAUCACUAUAACAACAACCAUCAUCAUAAUAAUCGGGAUUAUAAUCGUGAUUAUAAUGGAAAUUGGAACAAUCCGAAUGGUCCAGGAAGCAGUGGAAGCAAUGGAGGAUCAACUAGACUUUUGAUUCGGUAUGGAUCAUCUCCACCGAAAGUUGUGAACCAUCAUCAUCAUGGUGGAAGGUACCAUGGGGGAGGACGUCUUCAACAAUUGCAACGAAUGGAACAUAUGAAGCAUUCGGAUACCACGGAAUCGGCAGAGUCCACGGAUAGCACACAGUCUGGCGAGUUUGAGAGCCCAGCCCACUCGAUCGAAAUGGACGAGGAUGUGGCUCUCCACCCGCGUGAUUUCCAAAUUUCCGACAAUCUCAAAUUCCACUUGCUCGUCGAGAAAUGCAUCAACGAGCCGGAUCAAGAAGGAGAUGGUGGCGAAUUUGCCGAUAUUUGGGCGCCAGAAUCUUCUGGAACGCUUCUUUCUACUGGAACGUCUUCUGGAGCAUCUUCUGAAGACUCGAAUAUUGUAGUGAUCGAGGAGAAUCUUAUCGAUUUUUCCGAUCCUCCACUGAUUCCAACAACUGGUCCGAUUGACGGAAUUCGUGAAAUUCAAGGAGCAAUCCACCAACUUGUCGAUUUGAUGUUUUAA